UCAUAAGUGAAAGAGAGUUAGAAUGACUUCAAACCAGCCCAAAGAAGCACAAGCAUUCUCACUAGAAGGGGAAAUGUAUUGUGAUAAUCAACUUUAUCAGCCUCUUAGCCCGUCUUCACAAUGCAUCCACACAUCAAUCCUUUCUCUCUGCAUCGUCGCAGUCGCAGAGUCCGAAAUCCUUAUCAACCCAUCUAAAAUCUCAGGAACCCUCAGGAACGAUUUGUUACGAGUUAACCCACGAUUCUCAUCUGUCGUAGUAACAGACAACAAAAGAUAUCAAUGGUGGAAAAAUGUGGAAGUUCAAGUUGAAGAUCAUGUUAUCAUACCUGACUUCCCCACAGGGUUAUCACAAGAAACUUACACUCAACAUUUCAAUACCUACUUGUCCAAAAUAAGCCAAGAUGUUCUUCCAGAGAAACAACCAUUGUGGGAUAUCCAUAUCUUCAACUACCCAACAAGAGAAAAUGUUCAAGGAAGUUUAAUUUUUAGGAUGCACCAUGCACUUGGCGAUGGAUUCUCAAUCAUGGGUGCAAUCUUUUCUUGUCUUAAAAGAGCUGAUAAUCCUUCUCUUCCGUUAACUUUCCCUGCUGCAGGGCCCUCAAAAUCAUCUACUGUUAAAAACACAGCUCUGAAGAAAAUGGGGAGCUUGGUAUCAGGGUUUUGGAACAGUACAGCUGGUUUUGCGUGGAGUGUGCUUCAGAGCACAGUACUGGAAGAUGAUCAAACAGUCAUUAGGUCUUGUACGCCUGGUCUUGAGUUCAUGCCCGCUGAUAUCACCACCAUGUCUUUCUCUCUUGAUCAGAUUCGUCAAGUCAAGUCCAAGGUUGGAGGGUCUGUAAAUGAUGUUGUAGUGGGGUUAGUAUUCUACGGAUCCCAUUUGUACAGCCAAGCUGUCGUGGACGAAAAGGUACUCGUGUCCUCGAGUACUGGCUCACGUAAAACAGCAUUGGUGUUAUUGAACACGAGGAUGGUGAAUGGAUAUCGCAGCCUAGAAGACAUGGUAGAUAAGGAUCUGUGGGGAAAUCAUUUCUCUUUCAUUCAUUUGGCUAUCCCUUCAGGUGGUAAUGCUGGUGGUGGUACUAAUGAUCAAGAAAAUGAAGUAGAUCCACUCAGUUUCAUCUUGAAAGCAAAGAAAACAAUAAAGAAAAACAGGAAUUCCUUGAGUGUUUAUCUCAACAGCGCCCUGCUCAGAUUGAUGGGAAGUAUCAAAGGCCCUCAGGCAGUAUCUCAAUACGUACACUCAACACUGCGGAACACAAGCAUGGCCAUUUCGAAUUUAGCAGGCCCAACGGAGAAAAUGGUAAUAGCAGAGCACCCAAUACAAAACAUCUACUUCACAGUAUCAGGAUGUCCUCAGAGUCUCCUCUUCACUGUAUUGAGUUACAUGGGAAAGCUGACGCUAGUGAUGAGAACUGAAAAGGGAUUUAUCAACUCAAAGCUGCUUGCAUCCUGCAUGGAGGAGGCUUUCAAGAAGAUCUUUGAAGAUGCUUGUGGGAAGGGCGCUCUGGAUAGGAUGACUCCUGCCUACUAGCAGGGCUGAUACAAGUCUGACAAACAUGAUUGGACUACCCAACACCCAUAAUUUACUUAUUAAUGAUGUUUUGUUUCUAGAACCUUAGUGUUCUUUCAAUACUGAGUCGAUUAUCUAAACUCUGAAUGGCACAGUUUAUUUUAUUAGUCCAAUAU